AUGGCUCACGAUUCCACCCUUGCGGACGAGGAGGCCCUGUCUGAUCAGAUGUUUGGGCCAAGCAGUCGGUUGAGAGAGUUUGAUUUCACGCUCACUUUUGAGCAAAUAAUUCUAUCCAUUAUCCCCUCUGUGAUCUUUCUUAUGGCUGCACUGCCGCGCCUUUUCUAUCUUUUCCACCGCGCCUCCAGGACCACUUCGGGCCAGUACUACUAUAUUCCAAAAUCGGUCCGAGCGCCCGUCGCAUAUGAGACUGUCGCUGCGUUGGCCAACCUUGCCCUGCACGUCUCCCUGGUGGUAGUAUGGGCCGUUUCAUCCUCGACUGGAAUCCCAACCACCGUUGUCGCCGCUGCAUUGGGACUCUGUGAUGCGAUAAUUAUGGCGGUACUCUCGUGCGUCGAAGAUACAAAGUCUCACAGGCCGUCUACAAUACUGGCUCUGUAUCUUCUCUUUUCGGUGUUUCUUGAUGCAACGCAAGUUCGCACAUUAUGGUUGACUCAGUCCGUCGCGCCUGCAGCAGUCCAGAGCUGUGUCCUUGCGACCAAGCUUACUAUGUUAGUGUUGGAAACGCGAGAGAAAAAGUUCUAUCUGAAGUCCCCUUACAAGGACUAUCCGCCUGAGGCAACAAGUGGCAUCCUCAAUCUAAGCUUCGUCUGGUGGUUGAAUGGGCUCUUUCAAACGGGAUAUCGGAAGCUCAUGGGGGCCCAAGACCUGUUUGAGCUUGAUCCUGGUCUCGCUUCAGAUGCUGCCGGUGGGCGAUUAGAAAGGACGUGGGAAAAAAUUCGCAGCAUCGACAGCAAGUUCGCAUUGCCGCUGGCUUUUAUGCGCACAUUUUGGAAAGAGCUCUUGGCUGUGGUCUUUCCUCGACUGUGCAUGAUAGGAUUUACCUGUUCCCAGCCCUUUCUAAUCAUGACGGCUAUUCGAUAUGUUGAUCAGCCGGGAGGAUCGCAAGACCGCAAUCAUGGUUAUGGCCUGAUCGGAGCCACAUUACUGAUUUACAUUGGCAUUGCGGUAUCGAACGUUCACUACAAACAACGGUUCUCCAGGGUCGUGACAGUCUUUCGUGGUGCCAUGAUUUAUUUAAUUUAUAACAAAACUCUGACUCUUCAAGAUGGUCUCUACACAGGGAGUGCUGCGCUCACCUUGAUGAGUACAGACAUUGACGGGAUAAUCGAGCAUUUAGAGAAUUUUAACGAUGUAUGGGCACGCACAGUCGAGGUGGCUCUUGGUCUAUCAUUACUGGGCAUACAACUCGGGGCCACAUGCGUUGUUCCUUUGGUUUUGAUGUUAGUGUGUCUGGGAGGCCAGAAGAUAGUGGCAAACACGAUCGGAAAGAACCAACAGAACUGGAACCUUCAAAUUCAGGACAGGGUCAAGACUACGUCCUCGGUAUUGGGCUCGAUCAAAGCCACAAAGAUCUCAGGUCUUUCGAACCCGACAACUAAGAAACUCCAGCAACUUCGUGAACAUGAGUUGACCGUUUCUCGCGACUUCUUCAAAGGUAUAAUGUGGCUGAAUGGCAUAGCAACCUUACCUCGAAUAUGGUCCCCUGUUGUUACAUUCAUUAUCUAUGCAAUUCAGGCAAAUAUCAAGAACGGCGAGUCCCUAACCACUGUAAAAGCAUUUACCGCCUUGAGCAUGAUCACUCUCGUCACUACGCCCGCUGAGAAGCUGCUUGCCGUCGUACCCCAGCUGGCGGCGGCAAUGGGAUGUUUCCAACGUAUCCACGAGUACAUGGUGGCAGAAUCGAUAAGAGACAAUCGACUAUAUCAAGGCAAUUUCCUUCCCUCAACAACGUCAGAUUCUUCCUAUAAUGCGGGCAAGAAAGCAAUUACGCUCACGGUCGCCCCGGACCUGAGGGAAGCUAGCAUUGCCGUCGGGUUGAACAAUCUGACGGUUUCGCCUUCACCAAAAGCAACUCCCGCCGCUCUUACUGAUGUAUCCUUUCAAAUAGAACGUGGCAGCGUGCUGGCUGUCGCUGGACCUGUCGGCUCUGGCAAAACAACCCUUCUCAAAGCUAUUCUUGGUGAACUUGACCCUCAAUCGGGAACUGUCUUCGUGGGAUGCAAGAUGAUAUCUUAUUGUAGCCAAGAUCCAUGGCUUCUCAAUACCACUAUCAAGAAAAGCAUUACCGGUCUAGAGGAUCAUCAAGUGGAUGAUAAUUGGUAUCACACGACCAUCUACUCAUGUUGUUUGGAAGAAGACAUACGUCGCUGGCCGGAAGGCGACCAGAGUGAAAUAGGAAGCAAAGGUCUUACUCUAUCCGGAGGGCAGAGACAGAGAGUGGCGUUAGCCCGUGCUGUGUAUAGUCGCCGAGAUAUCGCUCUACUUGACGACGUGUUUAGCGCCUUGGACAUGCGAACACAGGAGACAGUUACCGCUCGACUUUUCUCGCAUGAUGGAGUUUUUCGCCAGCUAGGCAUCACGGUCAUCUUAGCUACUCAUAACCCGCGACUGUUUGCGAUUGCGGAUAAUGUGAUUUCACUAGGCUCAGAUGGUCGCAUGCAGCAAUUUACAACAUCCAAGAACGCAAUUCAAAGUGCAACGCAGCUAUUCGGCAUCGGAGAUGUGAGCCUCGAGCAGCACGCCGAUCCGACCCACAACCAAAUACUGGAAACAUCUUCUGCGACAGCGCACGAACCUAUCCAUGAUAUUGAGGAUCUAGACCGAACCAGACAGAUUGGUGACUUUUCUGUCUACCUUUAUUAUGCCCGAGCAGUUGGCCCUUUGCUUUGUGUCCUGUUCCUUGUCGCUCACGCCUUUCUUGCCUUUGCCGAGAGUUUCCCGCGAGUCUGGCUGAGCUGGUGGACUCAGGCAAACAGCAGUCAGCUCCCACUAUACUUAUCCGUCUACGUUGCUUUUGCACUGGCUGCCUCGCUGCUCAUUAUGAUAUGCAUCUGGGUCGUCUUCCUAGAACUGAUGCCGAGAUCCGCCAUUCGCCUGCAUCAGUUCCUACUGGAUGCCGUAAUCCGUGCACCUUUGUCUUUUUUCGCCUCCACCGAUACUGGCAUUACCCUCAACCGCUUCAGUCAAGAUAUGACCCUGGUAGACCUCGCUCUACCGAUUGCCUUGAUGUCUUUGGGUCAGUCUUUCUUCGGAUGCGUUGCAACCAUUGGCUUAAUCGCCACCGGCUCCGCAUACAUGGCCAUCACGAUUCCCUUAGCCCUUGCUGUUCUCUACGUGCUGCAAAAGAUCUACUUGAAGACCAGUCGCCAGUUGCGGUACCUUGACCUAGAGGCUAAAAGCCCCUUGUAUUCUCAAUUCGUCGAGACUCUUGAGGGACUGCCCACUAUCCGGGCAUUUGGUUGGCAGUCGGCCUCAACUGAUAUGCUCGUGAAACAUUUAGAUGCGUCGCAAAAACCAUACUACAUGCUCAUCUGCGCUCAGAGAUGGCUGAAUCUGGUUUUGGAUCUCGUGGUCAUGGCGCUGGCAGUUCUUGUGGUGACACUGGCGGUCUUAUUGCGUGAUAAAACGAACGCCGGCCUGCUGGGCGUUGCCUUGAACAAUAUCUUAGGUUUCAAUCAGCUGCUGUCUUCCUUUAUCUCUUCAUGGACGCAACUUGAAACUUCCCUUGGGGCCAUCGCUCGGGUCAAAUCGUUUGUUGAGAAUACCCCGUUUGAAUAUCUCGUCGGGGAAGGCCGGCGUCUGUCUGAGGCUUGGCCCGAGAAAGGCGGUAUUGAUAUCCAGGGUGUUUGCAUCAACUAUGCGGACGGCAGUACCGCGCUACGUGAUGUUUCGAUGACCAUUGCUCCAGGCGAGAAGGUUGGUAUUUGCGGUCGGACUGGAAGGUGAGUCUACGCCGGUUUACAUUUCCAUCCAUUUCUCCUCUUUCUAUCAAUCAAUAUCGCACGUCUAAUUCCACCAUCAUUACUCACGAACCUCUCAUCAAUCCAGUGGGAAAAGCUCUCUCAUCCUCGCCCUUCUCCGUCUCGUCAACCCGACCUACGGCAAAAUCCUCAUCGACGGGCUCGACACAAGUAUCAUCUCCCCAGAAACAAUCCGGGAGCGCUUCAUUGCUGUCCCCCAAAACCCUUUCAUCCUUUCAGGCUCCAUCCGAUAUAACGUGGACCUGACUGGCACCGCCAACGACGAAGAAAUUACCUCCGUACUUCAGCAGGUCGGCGUCUGGGAGGCUAUUGAAACCCGCGGCGGUCUGAAUACCAUCCUCAAUGACCAACCUCUAUCACAGGGCGAGCAACAGCUACUAUGUCUGGCUCGAGCGCUACUCAAACAGCGAGCUAGCAGGAGUGGAUGCCAGGUGGUUAUCUUAGACGAGGCGACGAGUAGUGUCGAUGUGGAGACGGAUCGUCGGAUUCAGCGAGUCCUGAAAGAUGUGCUUUCGGAGUGUACAGUUGUGAGUGUUGCUCAUAGGCUAGGUACGAUCAUUGAUUUUGAUCGCAUUGCGGUCUUGGAGGCCGGACGGUUGGUUGAGUUUGAUACGCCGAGUAGGCUUCUGGAGAAGGACGGUCUGUUUCGUAGCAUGUAUGGGAAGUCAGAAGCAUCUACUCCGUAGGUCAGGUAAACGUCCUUAUCUGAUGCUUAUGGAUUCUUUCGCAGUCCCAAUGGUCGUUACUGUUCCUGGAUACACUGUAUUUGGAAUAUGACUAAAGUACUGAGCAUGGCAAUACUAUGGGUCAACUUUGCUACCUCCCCCUGUCGUCCUCGUGGUUUGCCUUCUGCAAACCCAAAAAUUUACUUCAAUGAUCGUAUGUUG